UGUAAGGAUCAAUUUGAUUGUAUCUCCCUCAUUUUGUGGGCUGGAGUUUUACAGUUUCUCCUCCUAGCUUUUUGCUUCCCCCAUCUUAGCUACCUGGCACAACUAAGGGUACAGCAAUGCCUUACAUCUACCAGGAUUCAAGUCCACAGGUUCCCUCUGUGCCCCAAAGUGCACGCUCUACACAUUCCACGGGCCAGUCGUACAAGGAGCUAAAGCUUCAAUGCCAACAGAAGGGGAUACUCUUUGAGGACUGUGACUUCCCAGCCAAGGACUCUUCACUUUUCUUCAGUGAGAAGCCUCCCGUUCCCUUUGUGUGGAAAAGGCCUGGGGACAUUGUUAAAGAGCCACAGUUUAUUCUUGGAGGCGCCACAAGAACUGACAUUUGUCAAGGAGAUCUUGGUGAUUGUUGGUUAUUAGCUGCCAUAGCAUCUCUUACCCUUAAUGAAAAUACACUAGCCAGAGUGGUUCCACAGGAUCAGGAUUUUGGACCAGGUUAUGCUGGAAUCUUUCAUUUUCAGUUUUGGCAGCACAAUGAGUGGCUGGAUGUUGUCAUUGAUGACCGACUGCCCACCUUCAAAGAUCGUUUGGUUUUCCUGCACUCGGCUGACCACAAUGAAUUCUGGAGUGCGCUGCUGGAAAAAGCUUAUGCCAAGUUGAAUGGAAGUUAUGAAGCUCUAAAAGGUGGAAGUACAAUAGAAGCCAUGGAAGAUUUUACAGGCGGAGUUGGAGAAAUGUAUGAAGUUAAAAAGGCUCCAGAAAACUUCCCUGAAGUCUUAGAAAAGGCUCUUAAGAGGGGUUCAAUGGUUGGCUGUUCUAUUGAUAUCAGCAGUUCAGCUGAGUCAGAAGCUCGAACCCCACGUGGUCUCAUAAAGGGCCACGCAUAUUCAGUAACUGGUACUGAUGAGGUAAGCUAUCAAGGCCGGAAGGUUAAGCUUAUUCGAAUUAGAAAUCCAUGGGGUCAAGUAGAAUGGAAUGGCGCAUGGAGUGACAAUUCCUCUGAAUGGCGUUCUGUCAGCCCAUCUGAGCAAAGGCGUUUACAUCAGACAGCGCUAGAUGAUGGAGAGUUCUGGAUGAAGUAUGAGGAUUUCCUAUCCCAUUUUGACAAAGUUGAGAUCUGCAACCUCACUCCUGAUGCUCUGGAAAGCAAUGCUACUCAUAAGUGGGAGGUGACAGUUCAUCAAGGCAGCUGGGUCAGGGGUGCCACUGCUGGAGGAUGCAGAAACUUUAUAGAAACCUUUUGGACAAAUCCACAGAUCAAGCUCCAGUUGACAGAAAAGGAUGAUGGUCAAGAUGAAUGCACAUUUAUAGCAGCUCUGAUGCAAAAAGAUCGCCGUAAACUCAAGAAACUGGGAGCUGAAAUGUUAACAAUAGGAUAUGCUAUCUACGAGAGCCCUAGUGAUGAUGAACACCUGGCAAAAGACUUUUUCCGCUACCACGCAUCCAAAGCCAGGAGCAAAAGUUAUAUAAACGUAAGGGAAGUCUCUGACCGAUUCAAGCUGCCCCCUGGGAAUUACAUUAUUAUUCCAACCACAUUUGAGCCACAUCAGGAGGCUGAUUUCUGCCUGAGAAUAUUUUCUGAGAAAAAAGCUGUUACUAAGGAAAUGGAUGGAAAUGUUGAUAUCGAGCUACCAGAGCUUCCUAAACCAACACCACCACCAGAAGAAACAGAAGAAGAGAAACAAUUCCGAGCAUUGUUUGAACAGAUUGCAGGACAGGAUAUGGAAAUAAGUGCUGAAGAACUUGAAUAUGUUCUCAAUGCUGUGUUAGAAAAAACAAAGAACAUUAAAUUCAAGAAAAUAGCUCUCCUGUCAUGUAGAAACAUCAUUUCCUUAAUGGACACUAGUGGCAAUGGAAAACUGGAAUUCAACGAGUUCAAAGUUUUCUGGGACAAACUGAAGAAAUGGAUUGGUAUCUUUCUUCAUUUUGAUUCUGAUCAUUCGGGCACCAUGUCUUCCUAUGAACUUCGUCUUGCUUUAAAAGCAGCAGGUUUUCAGCUUAAUAAUUACCUACUUCAGCUGAUGGUUCUUAGAUACUCUGAUGACCAAUACCAGAUUGAAUUUGAUGACUUCUUAAACUGUCUAAUUCGUCUAGAAAAUGCAUGCCGGGUAUUUCAAGCCUUAAGCACAAAAAGCAGAGACUUCAUUAAUCUGAAUAUAAGUGAGUUUAUCAACUUGACUAUGAACAUCUGACAAAGUCCAGUCUGGCUUUCCCUGUAUAUGUCUCUUAAAUCAAGUUCUAAAGAUUGGAUCUUUUAACAGGUCAUUGAAAAUAGGGAAUUUUUGAAAUCUGCUAUCUUUUAUUAUAUUCACCCUGAUCACAUUACGAUAAAGUUUUUGAAAAAAUUAAGAUUGAAAUGUAUAUAAUGUAUGUAUAUAUCACACACUAGAAAUAUGAGUUUGUAUUGAUACAAAGUCCAAUCUAUCACUUAUAUUGCAUGAAAUGAGGAGUUAUAAGUAAUCACUGCCAUUUUUAUGAAACAUUAUUUUAAUUCCCAGUACACUUGUCUCACACUAGAACUCUUCCCAUUGCAUUUUCCUUUUGUUUUUUCCACAUGAGCAGAUGUUUUUAUAAUCCAGCUCAAUAAAAUGGAGGAUUAGACUGAAAAUAAUCUGAAAGUUGGUCCUGUCAUUGGCAGCUCAUGGACUGUUAUUGGUGGAAUAGAAAAAUGCACUAUACAAAGCAAGUAAACUCCCCUUAAGCAGUCAUUUCUUUUUCAAAGUAAUGAUGUUUUGGGCUUCCUUGAGCAAAUAGAAUGAUUCUGACCAGCCCAUCAGAAACUAUUUCCUAUAAGUUUAUCUUCUUUCUGGAUCCAUCAGAUAAGUAGACAUCUCAUUGCACUUGGCUUGUGUUUGUUACCUGAGGUACCCUUACGUCAUUGUAGGGCCUGGUUUUUUUUUUCUUCAGCCGAGCAUACAUUGUGUUGGGGCAUCCACCUGAUCUCCAAAGAUGCAGUGUGUGUUUUUUUAUAGAAAGCAGAGUAUAAUAAUGCAGUGAAAUGCAACUCUUCUAAAUUCCAUGUCAGUAAUCUGGGAAGACUGGGGUCUGAGCAUAGCCACUGAGCACAGAUUUCCAUGUAAUUCAUUGAAAAGGAUAAAGAAUUUGCAAUCUAAGUCCUUGUUAAUAAAUAAUUUCUCACCAGCUGUCUGCUCCAGUCCUUCUUCCCAUAUUUUGUAAUUCAAAUGUGAGAAAGGUAUGGUGAAAUAUUUUUUGACAGCUUACUUCCUAGAAAAUAAAAAGUACAGUGUUCAUAAAAAUCCAUUAAAGGAAUUAUUAAAAGCUGCUCCUUUAUUCUGGGAAUCACAGCUGAGUGAAAUGGGAACUCCAUAAUCAACACUGCAGUGUUUGCAGUGACUUCACAAUUUGUGGCAUUUUUCUCUGUAUUGCAUAAACGGGGCUCCCAGAGUUGAAACUGAAAACCUUGGAAAAUGUUCUGACAGCCCUGUGCUUUGAUUGAUUGACCUCUGAAACAGAGAUUACAAAUAGAUCAUUGUCCUUCCUGAGUCAAUUUUUAGUUUGAAAACAGAUUGCCUGGUGCCACAAAGGAGUGGAUUUGAAAUGCUGAUCUGAUUCAUUUCCCAGAGGACAAGAAAUGUGACUGAAAUAGAAAAGAGGUCAGAUUAACAGGUCUUGUCAGAAUCAUAGCUUCCAUAUGUUAAUGGGGUUGGAUGGAUGGAUCAAACAUCUAGGGGGAAAAUGAAUUGGGAAUUCCAGUGGGAAAUUUUCAAGGGCAGAACAAAUAAAGCAGGCUUGAAACACUUAUGCUGAGAUUCUGAUUACAAAUGUUUGUGAAAAGUUGGUUGUCUUUUGCAAAACUGUAUUAAAUUUUUAAGUUUCACCAAGCCAAA